CGCAGGACGUGCAGUGGUUGUAAGAGGAAGGAAGAUGGCGGAUAACAAAGGCGAGGAGGAUAUGGAACCGUCUGCUAAUUCGGACUCUGUGCUUUCAGCACAAGAAAACGAGCAGUCGGACCCUAAAACCGACAAUGCUGCGAUAGUAAUGGAAACAAAUUCAAAGGAAGACGCUGAAACCGAACCUCUGUCUAACGCUAAUGAGGCAACUACACCCAACAGUGAAGGAGGGGACGUUAGUAGCGGCGGGACUGUUGUUGCGGCAGGGGAAGCCAACGGUAGCGUUAGCAACGCCGUUAGCCCGGCUGAGUCCAGUAGUACCAAUGCAGAGCCAGCGGGAACUGAAACUGUCCCCGCCGUGGAUGCUCCAGUUGGCGGACCCGCCACCGAAAUGUCUCCCCCUCCCACCACCUCAGCCGCCACACCGGUCUCAACUACCAUUAAUUUACUGGAUACGUGCGCGGUGUGUAAACAGAGUCUUCAGAGCCGAGACUGUGAACCAAAACUUCUGCCUUGUCUGCACACAUUUUGCCUAAAAUGCAUCCCGCAGCCAGACAGGCAGAUAAGCGUACAGGUACCUGGACCACACGGACAGACUGACACACACAUUGUAAAUGUUAUGCGUUGUGCAGUGUGCCACCAGGACUACAAACAAAGUGACAUUAUUGACAACUACUUUGUUAAAGAUACUACAGAGGCCACCAGCACAUCUGAUGAAAAAGCUGCACAGGUUUGCACCAGUUGUGAAGACAAUGCUGGGACAAUAGGCUUUUGUGUGGAGUGUGGCGAAUGGCUGUGUAAGACCUGUGUGGAGGCUCACCAAAGAGUCAAAAUUACCAAGGACCACAAAAUUCGCACAAAGGAAGACACUGAAACUGCCUCUGAGUCUGUCACUACGGCAGGACAGAGGCCAGUUUUCUGUCCCAUCCACAAGCAGGAGCCGCUGAAACUUUUCUGUGAGACAUGUGACACAUUGACCUGUAGGGAUUGCCAGCUUCUUGAGCAUAAGGAGCACAGAUACCAGUUUCUGGAAGAAGCUUUCCAAAACCACAAAGGAUUCAUUGAAACCAAUAUGGCUAAGCUACAGGAAAAAAAGAACUAUGUUCAUUACUCUGUCUCUCAGGUACAAAACAGGUUAAAAGAAUUAAAUGAGACACAUAGAAAGGUGGAGCAUGAGAUUAAAAUUGCGGUAUUUACCCUUAUAAAUGAAAUAAACAAAAAAGGCAAGUCUUUGCUGCAGCAGCUGGAGAGUGUUACCAAAGAGCGUAGUAUGAGACUUGUAGCUCAGCAUAAGGACACCACCCAGCUGGCCCAACAGAUCAACCAUGUCCUUAACUUCUGCCAGUGGGCCAUCACCUCUGGCAGCAGCACAGCUCUGCUAUACAGCAAGAGACCGAUCAUGUUCCAGUUUCGCCAGCUCUUCAAAGCUAGACUGGAGCCAGCACCACAGUCCAAUGGAGUUGUACGCUUCUUCUGUGAUCCCACCUUCUGGGCUAAAAAUGUGGUGAAUCUAGGUAAUCUUGUAAUUGAGAAACCCCCACCACCUCCACAGCCUCCUAACGUGAUGGUUGGGGGACCAGCCAUGUCACCAGGACAAGGUCACCCGGGAAAACACCCAGGACAGAUCAACCUGGCCCAGCUCCGGUUGCAACACAUGCAGCAGGCUUAUGCACAGCAGAAACAGCAGCAGCAGCAACAGAUGCGUAUUGCCUCCCAAAUGUCCCAGCAGCAUGCCAGACAUUCUGGCCCAACCAUGGUCCAGCAACAGCCUCCAAGACUCAUCAGUAUGCAGCAGCUUCAGAGGGUGCCUGGGGGGGUCAACGGUGGGCCUGGUCCUUCAAUGUACUCCUCACAUCACAUGCGCAUACCUGGUCCACCACCACAAGGCCGAAUGCCCUCAGCUCAGCCCAGACAUAAUGGACAGCAGUAUUCACCCAUGAUGCAGCCUCAGUUACAGAGACAGAUGUCUAUAGAAUCUGAGAUGAGCCACCAAAGGUUUCGUUUCUUACUACAAUCAGGGCAUUCCAACCCAGGGCAUGCAGGUCCUUUUCCAGUGGCAUCCUUGCAUAAUGCCAAUCCCACAAGUCCUACCAGUGCCAGUAUGGCUGGUGCCCAUGCUCACCGUGGUCCUGCCAGCCCUGUAAUUGGUCCCAUUGAGCUCAUCCCCUCAGUCACUAAUCCUGAGAACCUGCCAUGCCUUCCUGAGAUCCCGCCCAUUCAGUUAGAAGAUGCAGGUUCCAGCAACCUAGGACACCUCCUUUCUCGCUACAUCACAGCCAGCGCACAGCACCCACUCGGCUCAUUGGACAUGAACCCCUCACCUGGACUAUCCACGCUCUCUCCGGGAUCGUCAGGUCUGUCUAAUGCCCACACGCCAGCACGACCCUCCAGUGCAUCUAGCACAGGUAGCAGAGGCAGCUGUAGUUCUGCUGGGAGGGCAGGGACCGGAGCUGGAUCCACCACAGAGCAGGUUAGGGUGAAGAAGGAGCCUGGUACAGAGGACAGCUACACUUGUCCAACUUCUUUAAAGACAGAGCACAGCAAAGAUGCUGGGAGGAGUGCCUGCAUGAUGAGCAGUCCUGAAAGCAGUCCCCAAGGUGUUGUAUCGACAGCCCAUGAUGCUCAUAAGGUUCUAGGGGAGCGCAUCAAAACAGAACCUGAGUCUGAGACACCUUGUUCUGCACUAAACGGUGCCAGUGCCACCACAUCAUCCUCAUCUUCCACUAUGACCUCCACUACCUCUUCAUCCACCUUUAACAGCAGUGGACUCACUAAUGGAAACUUGGACAAGGGGACAGAGAACACAGGGGGUGGGGAAGCUGAGGCAACAAGGAGUCUUGGUGGGAAAGAGGAUGACCCUAAUGAAGACUGGUGUGCAGUUUGCAUCAAUGGUGGUGACCUACUGUGUUGUGACCGCUGUCCUAAAGUGUUCCACAUGAAAUGUCACGUACCCACCAUAAAAAUCUUCCCAAAGGGUGACUUUCUCUGCACAUUUUGCCGGAGUCUAACUGACCCUGAAAUAGAAUACUGUGACGAAAGCAAGAAAAUCAGAGGAGAGGACAUCCUGAAUGCUGAGGACCAGAGGAGAUGUGAACGCCUCCUGUUGUAUAUUUUCUGUCAUGAGCUCAGCAUGGGCUUUAGGGAACCAGUUCCUAGCUCUGUACCCAACUACUACAAGAUUAUUAAGCAGCCCAUGGACUUGAAGAGGGUGAAGAAGAAACUACAGUUACGGAGCUCCCAGUUCUACAAGUCCAUCCAGGACUUUGUGUCUGAUAUCCGCCUUAUCUUCAAAAACUGUGCAAAGUACAAUGAGAUGUCUCGAAUAAUCCAGGUUUAUGAUGAGGAGAAAGAGAUUAAUACGCAGGUGGGAUCAGAGAUGGCGAUAUCUGGCAAGGCAGUGGGCCUGUACUUUGAGGAGAAGUUAGAGGAGAUGUUCCCAGGCCAAAUCUUCCCUGACACACCGGAACCCGAGUCUCCGGAGGAAAAGGAAAGAGAAAAUGACACAGAUGACUCUGAGGACGACUUCAUACAGCCCAGGCGCAAACGGUUGAAAACGGAUGAAAAAGUUCUUCACAUCAAAUAAGAACAACCAUCAACAGAAGCAAGAGGAUUAUAAAAAGAAAGAAGAAACUGUCUUCCUCUUGUCCCACACUUCUUUCUUUGGAAGCAACAAACAAAAUAUGAGGUUUUCUAUACGAACUGGUAUAGCUCAUUGUUGCCUUUAAAAGAAUUGUCAACGUAGGCUUUUUUGAAAAGUUGAGGAUGGGAAGAUGGAUAAACUGCAUUCCCUCUGCAUUUCAUGGACAUUAAACUUGUACAGAUUUUGAAGUAGGAUUUGUUUUCCAGUAGUUGGCAAUUGGUUCUUUAUUUUCUAUCCAUUUGCAUUUGUAGAUUUGUUGUGGCAAUUGCUUUAUAAAACAUUUAAAGCCCCUGUUCUGUUUGAUGUAUUAUAUCUAUACUUUGACAUGGAGUCAACCAAGUAUUUGUUUAACUUUGUGGAAAUGAUAUAUGAAUAAGAGAGUUUAAUCCUCUGAAGGUAUUCCUACAGUAUAGAUGUUUUGGUGCGUCAUCAAUAAAAACAUGUUCUGGAAA